CACUGGUCGAUGAUGCGAUCUUUAUCGUUGGAAUUUCGAUAAAAUUGAGGAAGAAUACGAUUGUUUGGAUGCUUGCGUAUUCUGAGCAAUCGUUUGGACGACAGUCUUGGAGAGAAAGAGUGCAAAGACAAGAAGAUGACAUUCGAAUGUGUACGGCUUGUGUAAAAGGACAGUUGACGGCGCGUAAGAUCGAUUAGCGGAAGAUUGUAGCGAGAUCGAGAUCCCGACUGACUGUUGCACUGCGAGUGACAGAACGCAAAAUGGAAAGUCCGCGGGCGACGGACCGACUGGAUGGGCGCGGAGAGGCGGAGGUUCAUCCACUCGGGGUGUACCAAGGCGAGAGAAACGAGAACAACGAGCGACACGGCAGCGGGAAGGCUCUGCUGCCGAACGGCGACGUGUACGUCGGCCAGUAUCGCCACGGGCUCAGGCACGGCAAAGGUGUCUACGCGUUCAAAAAUGGUGCUCGCUACAACGGCGACUGGAGGCAGGGACAUAAAUACGGCCAAGGGAUCUUUUGGUACCCUGACGGAACGCGAUACGAAGGAGAAUGGAAACACGACGCGAAACACGGCUUCGGCGUUUAUUUUUACGCGAACAAUGACAUCUACGAGGGCUCAUGGAAGGAGGAUCUUCGUCACGGUAUGGGAACGUAUCUGUACGCCGAUACGGGAGCGAAGUUUAUGGGCACAUGGAUGAAGGACCGCAUGGAAGGACCCGGCCAACUCGUUCACCUACGCCACCGCUUCCACGGUUUCUGGAAAUCGAACCUGCCGUACGGACGUGGAUGCUUCGUCUUCGAGAACGCGUGCAUGCAGCACGGUCAUUACAUACACGUGAAUGACUCUGCGUACGAUCCGACCUCGAUUCCCGCGGAUAAGAUAGUCAAGGAGGAAGACGAAAAGCUGGAGGCAGCUGCAGAAGCACCGUCUUCACCGGGAACAGGCGUUCUACCGGUCUGGCGUGCACGUUGUAUCACGUCUUACAAUCCUGAAUUAUUGCCGCCAGAAGCGGAAGUCUUGCGAGAGGAGGCGUCGACGGCAUCCACGAUUGAGAAGAGCGAGGAAGACAUCUGGCCGAAGAUCGAGCCCUACCCCGAAUAUCCAGAGGAGGAUUAUCACGAGGAAUACUUGAAGUACUAUCACGGCGAGAUGCCGUUUGAGUUCGGCGGUGCGUAAUUGUGACUGCGAAUCGAUCUACGCGAUAACCGAGAUCAGCAGGCAGACAGAGAUUCGAUUGCUAAUUUUAAUCGUAAACGUGCGCGUGUCUCAUUGUCAAUUUGCAGCGUGUAACUUUGCAUCAUGCCAAAAAUAAAAAAGAGAACAAGUGAUUUUCAAGCGCUUUAUUUUAAGAAAUCGUAACAACAAAUGUGCGUUAUGCUUUUAUGCCAUGCAUACAACAUAGGAAUGCAAUUAUACAUUAUCGUAAAUUAAUCUCGUCAUCUUGUAAUAGCAUAAUAAAUGCAACGUAAACACGUAUCCGCUCAAUCAGUAUAAUCAUA